GGCCAUGUUCCUGGACAGACCUCAGCAGCAGCUCCAGCUGGUCCUCUUCCCUCCCGCCCUCUUCAUCCCGGUCCCGGAAAACGAGGAGCAGCGCCUGGAAUUUGCCAAAGCCGUGCCCGAGGACACCCAUCCCUUCAUCGUCUAUGAAGAAGCCACCAACGUCUGGAUCAAUGUCCACGACAUCUUCUACCCUUUCGCCCAGUCAGAGGAGAAAGAGGAUGAGCUGACCUUUCUCCGAGCGAAUGAAUGCAAGACGGGCUUCUGCCACCUGUACCGAGUCACAGCCAUCCUGCAGCGCAAGAUGUACGACUGGACUCAGCCGUACGUGCCUAGCAAAGGUGACUUCAAAUGCCCCUUGAAGGAAGAAGUGGCCCUCACGAGUGGAGAAUGGGAAGUUCUGGCCCGACAUGGGUACAAGAUUUGGGUCAAUGAAGAAACGAAGCUGGUGUAUUUCCAGGGCACGAAGGAUACCCCUUUGGAACAUCACCUCUACGUGGUCAGCUACGAAUCUCCUGGCGAGGUCGUGCGACUCACCACCUUGGGCUUCUCCCACAGCUGUUCCAUGAGUCAGAACUUUGACAUGUUCAUCAGUCACUACAGCAGCGUCAGGACCCCUCCCUGUGUGCACGUUUACAAGCUCAGCGGCUCAGACGAAGACCCUCUCCACAAGCAGCCAAAGUUUUGGGCCAGCAUGAUGGAAGCAGCCAGCUGUCCUGCGGAUUACAUCCCCCCCGAAAUCUUUCAUUUCCACACCCCGUCGGAUGUCGAGCUUUACGGGAUGGUGUACAAGCCACAUGACCUCCAACCUGGGAAGAAACAUCCCACGGUGCUCUUUGUUUACGGUGGGCCACAGGUCCAGCUAGUGAAUAAUUCCUUCAAAGGGAUCAAGUACCUGCGGCUGAACACGCUGGCGUCCCUCGGCUACGCCGUGGUGGUGAUAGACGGGCGAGGCUCAUGCCAGAGAGGCCUUAAGUUCGAGGGAGCUCUUAAGAAUCAGAUGGGCCAGGUGGAGAUCGAGGAUCAGGUGGAAGGUUUACAUUAUGUCGCGGAGAAAUACGGGUUCGUCGACCUCAGCCGCGUGGCCAUCCAUGGCUGGUCGUACGGAGGUUUCCUUUCCCUGGUGGGGCUCAUUUACAAGCCCCAUGUUUUCAAGGUCGCCAUAGCAGGAGCCCCCGUCACCGUCUGGAUGGCUUACGAUACCGGAUACACGGAGCGGUACAUGGAUGUCCCAGAGAACAACCAGCAAGGCUACGAAGCGGGCUCAGUGGCCCUGCAUGUUGAGAAACUGCCUAACGAGCCCAACCGCUUGCUGAUCCUCCACGGGUUUCUGGAUGAAAACGUGCACUUUUUCCAUACCAGUUUCUUGAUCUCCCAACUAAUCCGGGCUGGGAAACCGUAUCAGCUACAGGUAGGUGAGAGUGCUGGAAAUGAACCAUCCUGCCCACUGGGAUCAGAAGAGCAUUAUAGUUGGUAAGGUGCAGGUCCCUGCCAGCUCAGGUCCUGGCAUUUCUU